GGAUAAAAAUAUGACCUUCGUGAUUCAGUAUAGCGUGUAACUGAUUCUUCCGAAGUCUUGUUCCACCGCGCGAAAACGAGGACGUUUUGGCAACACAGUUCAGAAAAGUGGAUGUGUAUUUAGGCGGCUGGGCAUGCGCAGUGGUUAUCGUGCCAUAUUGGAAUGAGGCUGCGAACGACGAGGCAAACGGGGAAACGGCAUCUGAAAUCGACGUGGAAAAACUUAGAACAGGAGAGGCCAGCAGAAGUAAGACUUCACCACCACGCCAGGAGGGGGUGCCACAAUGAAUGGUGAACCAGUGGAUUCAGAUGGAGGGUCAGGGCCAGAUGACUCUGAGUUUAACUGGGAUGAGUAUCUGGAAGAAAAUGGGGCUACAUCUGUCCCCCACCAUGCCUUCAAACAUGUGGACCAGAGUCUGCAAACUGGACUCAGCCCAGGAAUGAAGCUGGAGGUGUCUGUAAAGGGUGACCCUGAGGCGUUCUGGGUAGCCACCAUCAUCACGACCUGUGGACAGCUACUGUUGCUGCGUUAUGAGGGUUACCUUGAUGACCGUCGGGCAGACUUCUGGUGUGACAUCAUGACUGCUGACCUGCACCCCAUUGGCUGGAGCCGGCAGCAGGGGCGAACAGUGAGACCCCCCGAGGGUGUCCGUGAGAAGCACGAGAACUGGGAAGCCCUCUUGGAAAAGGUCCUGUCAGAGGCCUGCAGUGCUCCUGCUAACCUGCUGGAGGGGCCACACCGGGGUAAGAAUCCUCUGGACCUGCUGGCCCCAGGUUCAACUGUGGAACUGCAGGACCCUGAGGAUGCAGGGGCAGUGUGGGGGGCCGUGAUCGAGGAGAACAUUGGGGGACGACUGCGUCUCCGCUACGCCGGCACAGAGGGGCUCACCCACAAGCAGGCUGGGCUCUGGAUCUUUUAUCUGCACCCAUUUCUGCACUCCCAGGGCUGGGGAAAAGAACACGGCUGCACACUCACGCCCCCUGCUGCUCUCCGUGGCCUACGCAGUGAGGCGGAAUGGGAUGAGGUUCGGCAGAGAAUGGAUACCCAACCACAAGAGGGCGCCAUCACAGAGGAGCUCUUUAGGGACAGGCCAGCGAUCGCUGCUCAUUGCUUCACCGAGGGAAUGAAACUGGAAGCUGUGGACCCUGCUGCCCCCUUCUGCAUCGGUCCAGCCACCAUAACUAAGGUGUUCAGUGAGCAGUAUUUCCUGGUGGAGAUUGAUGACCUGCGGGAGGAUGCAGGGCUGAGGAAGCACGGCCCCUCCUUCCUUUGCCACCGGGACAGCCCAGGGAUCUUCCCUGUGCAGUGGAGCCUCAAAAACGGGGUGCAGCUCAGCCCCCCACCGGGGUAUCAGGGGCAGGACUUUGACUGGGCGGAUUACCUGAAGCAGUGCGAGGCGGAGGCUGCACCACAACACUGCUUCCCCACUGAACAGUCUGAUCACUGUUUCAAGGAAUCAAUGAAGCUGGAAGCAGUGAACCCCCUCUCCCCAGAGCACAUCCAUGUGGCAACAGUCACCAAGGUCAGAGGUCAACACAUCUGGCUGCGCUUGGAAGGGUUGAAGCAGCCAAUUUCAGAAGUGAUUGUCCAUGUUGACUCGAUGGAUAUCUUUCCAGUCAGCUGGUGUGAAACCAAUGGCUACUCCCUCCGUCACCCACGGAAGCCCCCAGUUCAGAAGCAGAGGAAGAUCGCAGUGGUACAGCCAGCAAAGCACAGAACCCUGCCGAGACCUACACCUCCUGAAGCACUGAAGCAGCAAGUGAACAGCCAAUCAGAGAAUGCAGGACAGGGCAAUGGAAAGUACUGCUGUCCCAAAAUCUACUUCAACCACCGUUGUUUCUCUGGACCGUACCUGAACAAGGGCCGCAUCGCAGAACUGCCACAGUGCGUUGGGCCCGGUAACUGUGUGCUGGUUCUGAAGGAGGUGCUGACACUCCUGAUCAACGCCGCCUACAAGCCGAGUCGCGUGCUGCGUGAGCUGCAGCUGGAUGAGGAGGCGCGCUGGCAUGGCCAGGGGGAGGUGCUCAAGGCCAAAUACAAGGGAAAGAGCUACCGGGCCACAGUGGAGAUCGUGCGCACAGCAGACCGGGUGGCGGAGUUCUGUAGGAAAACCUGCAUCAAACUGGAGUGCUGUCCCAACCUAUUUGGACCACGCAUGGUUCUGGAACAAUGUUCGGAGAAUUGCUCUGUGCUUACCAAGACCAAAUACACCCAUUACUAUGGUAAAAAGAAGACCAAGCGUGUUGGCCGCCCACCAGGUGGGCACACAAACUUGGAGGGUGGGAUGAAGAGGCGAGGCAGGAAGAGGAAGAGGAGGAAACACUACUUUGUCCACAAGAAGAAACGCUCCUCGGCAUCACUAGACAGCACCCCUGCUGGCUCCCCACAGGGCAGUUGUGAGGAUGAGGAGGAUCUGGAUGAGGUUGAUUCCCUGAGCGAAGACUCCAGCUCCGAGCCGCAGGACGAGCAGCUGGGUGACUCCGAGCUCUCGGAGAGGAAGUCUCAGCCCCCUUCCCCUUCCCCCUCCCCCUCCCUUUCUCCCUCCCCUGCUGCGACGCCUCGCCCCUCCCGUCGUCGCCGCAAAGGUCGCUCCCCCUCCUACUCUGAUGACGAGAACCAGCCCCCCUCGCCGAAGAGCUCAAGGGGUGAGGUGCCACAGAAGCUGCACUUGGACAGCAGCCCGCUGGAGUGGAGUGUGACGGACGUUGUGCGAUUUAUCAGGUCCACAGACUGUGCCCCACUGGCACGCAUCUUCAUGGACCAGGAGAUUGAUGGACAGGCCCUGCUCCUACUGACCUUGCCAACAGUGCAGGAGUGCAUGGACCUGAAGCUGGGCCCGGCUAUUAAGCUAUGCCACCACAUUGAGAGGGUCAAGCUGGCAUUUUACCAGCAGUUUGCCAGCUGAGGGCGCCAGAGACUGGAAAGGGCAUAACAAGGCAAUAAGGUGCCCACCUCAUGGCUCAUGGACCAUGCAAUCUGCAUGCACUUGGUGCCACAGAACACAGGCUGAUCGGAACUCCCUGCUUCAUCCGUGUGAUGACUCGUCAGAGCUUACUAGAGGGGAAACAUGAUUGUGAUUUUGAAACAUGCAGACAAUGCCUGUAAUUCAGGGUCUACAUCUCUCAACAGGCUAUCCUGGAAGGAGAAGAAGCCAUUUGUUUAUUUUUUUUUAUAACACCUCUGAGAUUGAGCAAAAAGAUUCCAGGUACAAAAGGGCUCAAAUUAGGGAAAGGGACAUCUUUAUUUCAUGGAAGACCUUGUUUUUGGUAAACAAUGUGUACACAGAGGAAUUUUUGUGGGGGGUUUUAAUAACUUGUACAGUUACUAUACAUUUCUGAAGGGUCUCCUUGAACAGUGCAGUCAGGUUGUGUUUUGUGGCAUGAAUUUGAACAGUCUGCAGUCUGUACAUAGGCUUAAUUACAGUACCAGUCAGUAAAUACAAUGUUUUGUGUUUUUUGAAGCAAUCAGUGUUAUCGUAGCACAUGCAUGGAAGCUGCUUGGUUUCCUUUUAGAGACAACUCUGUCAUUAUCAGCAUCACAGGAAAUAAUGUUUUUGCCAUUGCAUUUAUUUGGUAGCGGCGUUGACUUGCUGACAAUGACAGUGUUAAUAAAUCCUUAAAUGGACAUAGUGACAAAGGCCACAGUGUUCUUACACUGUCUCUAAUUUUGUAACAGGGUUAUAAAAUUAUCACAGGGAUAUGACCAUGUCAUGACACAGCUACUGUAUGCAUUUGUCAUCUACAGUGUACUUUCCUGCAAUAAUGUGAAUUACAUCAGAAUGUAAAAUGGUGAUUUUUUUAUUUCCAACUAUCACACCUUCUCCAUUUCCCCAUACAGCUAUGCUGCAUGGAUUCCUUAACUCUGAAACCAUAGUGCAAUAACACUGAGUUUUAAGGGUUGGAAGGAGCACAAUGUAUAGAAUCCAGCAAUGGAGAUGGGCAUUUGUUUUGGCAACAGUCUGUCCAAUCAGAUCUUGGAAAAGAGAACGCUUUGAUUCUAAUCAUUUCUGUAGUGUUGCCUCAUUUUAUUUCGAAGAAAGUAUGAACUUUGUCUUUAUUGUGUUAGAGUUAUUUUGAUGAUCAGCUCAACCCCAUGGUUAUGAGGUCUUCCACCAAGCCUGUCAUCUCUUCAAACCCAGGAAUGUUUUCUCUCUGGAAGGGGGACAGAAGCAGUCGCUUGCACUGGAAGGAGAUUACUAUUGAUCAGUUAUCUUCUUUAUUGAGUAAAAAAUGUUUAAAAGGCAGGAAUGGUAAAUACAAUUUUAAAAACUCGGUGUGUAAAAACAGGCUUUCAGUGUGUUAUGUUUAUAAAACUUUUACGUACCCUUUCACACUAAUUUUUUUUUUCUGUUGACAGACAGAUCUCAAACUAGUGUGACUUGGUGUCCGACAAAAUGGGAUGGGACCUAGUUUAGCGACCACUCCCCCCAGCGCCACCAAUACCACCACCCAUUACAAUGUCAAAUAUUUAUGUUCAUCUUAGUAUUAUUUUUGAAGGGACAGAAUAUGUGAUUUUUUUAUUUACCCCCAGCUGGCUGCAUACUUGUGUCAGCAUGUGAUGGCCUGAUGGGUGACCAUGCACUGUCAUAUAAUGGCAUUAGGACAUCGCUGUUAGAUAAUGUUGCAGGAUCAUAUUGGGAGCAGAGUCUACACUGUUAUGACCCUGUGUUCAGGGAAAUGUGAUGGAAGAAUUUGUUCAUUUGUUCAGUUAAGCACAAUUUACCCUUGAUGGUCUACCUUUUAUUUCUUCUAGUUUUACAUGUGCUAACAUGGGGUGUUGACAGUGCGGUGUUUCUGUACUGCAAUGAUGAAUUACUUAUUCAUGGAAAACUCUUACUUCCUGCUGUUUGCUUUCAUUUCCCUGUUCUCUGAUAUGAAGACUACAUGAUAACAGGGAGAGUGCUGUCAAAGCAAUGAAAUGAUUGGUUUGAUAUGUGUAU